AUGUCAAUAGCUGGGAUUAUCUACGCACGAUUCGACCCUCAAGCAGGUCCCAAGAUUGUUCACCAAAUUCCCGAAGGCCUAGUAUCCACCACUCCAGAAACUGAGCCGGAUGCACUUCUAUCUUUCUCAACCAUAUCUCGAUUUCUCAUACCACGUCAGUCCUUAUGCGGGAAUCUACUAUCACUGAUACCGCCUCCACUAAAGGCAGAAGGAUCGCAAUGUGUGAUAGUCUCUCAUCCCGUGUGUAUCGAAAGUCAAACAUAUGCACGAAACCAGUUCAUUUUCAACUUCGCUUUUGUCCUCUCUCAGCCAGACGUGAUCGAUGUGCCAAGCUACAGAUCCGUCAUUGUCAAGCUCGCUCAUCUCAUGCGCAGCCUGGAAGAACAGACGCGAUUCCUUUCUGACGAUCCUUCCGAGCCAGGCACUGGGAAGGUAUACAGUCUGUGCGAAACUCUGAUGGAGGAUCUGAACAACUAUGCUGAAUGCAUGAUACCUAUCGACGACGUCAAUACCUUGAACGUCAAACUGUUUCCUACCCUGCCCAAUCCAGCUCCCGUCAAAGCAUGGCACGUACCACUCUUCGCAGUUCGUAUCGAAAGUCUGAUGGACCACAACUGGGACCUCACCAUGCAAAGAAUCAUUCCGUUUAUCAAUGGAGUCAAUAGUGUCAAGAAAAUUGCGAUACUGGCUGAUGCCGACCUUGGCCUAACCAGAAAGUGUGUCAGACAUCUGUUAUACUAUGGCUGCGUGCUUCUACUGGAUAUAUUCAGCUUCAAUGCUAUCUAUGCCCCAACUGCAGAGUUCACCGGCAUGAUUGCGACAGACUUGGAAAUGCAAGCCGAGUGCGCAAGAUAUGUCAACACUGCCUUUGAACCUGCACGACUUGAGAACUUGACCACAGGAACAGAUGUUACAGGUUCCUUCAAGGCUAGUAGUAUAGCCGCCACAAAUACAGCAAUCACUGACAAUGACUUCUGGCCCCUCACGGCACGAGGUGAUGUUGCUGAUGGUGUCUCGAUUGUUCAACUAUACGCAUGCUUACGACAGGGCUUGACCGUACGCGAGUGGUUUCUGCAAAACAGCAAUAUGCUUGCGAAUAUAGAUAUUCGGCGCUUCGUGACUUUCGGCAUCAUCAAAGGGUUUCUAUACCGCGUCCAUCGAUAUGCUGUGCAAACAAACUUCUCAGAAGCUGGAAAUAAGAGCCAUCAGACGCAUACAGCAUCCGAGAUGCACAAUUUCAGUUCAGCCACAAGCACGUCGACAAGCAAAAGCACGAAAAGACGUAUCCGAUUACCGCUUGUGUCAUUUCUUGACGGCACGCAUUCGUUCGAUGAGAUGUGUACCUAUUUUGAAAUCAGUGAAAACGAGCUACUUGAGCGAUUGAACGAUCGACGAUUAGGUGAGGUAGUCGUUCUUUGUCGCUGA